GCUCUGAGGGAAAAGGUCGGUCUCUCCCGGGCACCGAGCCACAGGCACGGAGCAGGAUCCAGCCCGGAGGUAACACAGCCCGGCUCAGGGAGAGGCACAGAGACGGUGAGGGAGAGGGAGAGACUGUCCGUGCUCAUCUGGAGAUCGCAGCCACCCAGACAGACACAACAGGCACAUCACGAGGUCAUGGCGGGACACACGGUCAGUGAUCCAUUCCCUGCUGCUGAUCCAGCCCACGUCGAUCCCCUGGUCAAAAUCUCACUGGUCAAGGCCCAUCCAAUGGACCGUCUGAGGAGAAGGAAGGACAGCGAGAGGCUUCUCCGGACUCUCAAGCACCUGAUCAAGAAGGAACGAGUGAGCGUGGUGCAGCCGUCGUCCCUGACGACCAGGGCUGGUUGUCUGCCGGGCCUAGCUGGCUUAGACAGCCUGGCUCCAGCCGCCCAGCAGCUGGACCUGCAGGCGUCCCCCCUCCAGGGGCAGGGCUCGGCUGUGCCCCUCAGCUGGGACCUGCCAUCCACCGAGGCUGUGGAGGUGGAGCUGAGGGUGGCUGAGUCGCUGGGCCGGAGGACUCCCAGCUGCGAGGCCCCAGCCUUCCCCGAGGACGAGAUGAGCCUGGACCGACUCCUGGACGUCCUGACCCAGCUCCAGUACCACACGCGCCAGGAGGACGGAGUGUCCAUUUGCUCCCGGUUCCUGGAGGCCUGUUGCCCUGAUGGCGAAUGCUGCCCGUACCACCACACGGCCCUGCCCUAUCACUGGCAGAUGAGGAGGGUGGUGACUCAGCAGUGGGAGAGUGUUCAGGAAGAGGGCCAGGAGAUGCUGGAGAGACUCUACUGCGACCCUGACAAAGAGAAAGUCACCCUGCACUACAGGGAUCGGAGUUUCAUUGCAGAUUUUGACCAAAUGACCAUUCAGAGCGAGACGUUUGACAGGUUAAGGCGGCUCAGCACCUUGGACAUUGACCCCUCUGACAUCUUCCACACCAAGUGGCGAUACUACUGGAGGGACACGUUCGAGUGGAAGCAGUACCCUCAGUCACUCGCCCAGUACUUUGAGGAAGCCCUCCGACAGGGCAUAGUGGUGAGGUACUUCAUGAUCAGUCAGAGUCAGCGAUACAAGGUGGACCUCAACGCCAGCUACCAGCAGAACAUCACCUCAGGCACGAAGAGAACCAUCCGGAAACGGCCCCUCUUCCAAUCAACCGUCACGCUCCUGCCCUACCUCAAGUCAUUGUCUGGGCCAUCUGAGAGAACCCCCUGUGUGCUGGAUAACCCCUCAGCAGCUGCUCCCAAUCUUGACUGUGAACACAGUUACCCAGAGACCUGGAUCCCCAUGGAUCCCAAUAUGGACUUCAUCAAAGUGCCCAUGUCACUGGAUGACAAAGCCUAUAGGGUGGUCUACAACCUAUUCCACAAGACCAUGCUGGAGACAAAAUUCAUCAUCUUGAGCAUAUUACGGGUACAAAACCAGUUCCUUUGGGAAAAGUACAUCAGGAAGAAGCAGUACAUGGCUCGCAAGCUGUCGGAAAGGGAGAGGGUGCUGAACGAGAGGCACUUGUUCCACGGGACCUCCGAGCUCUCCAUCGAUGGCAUCUGCAAGCACAACUUUGACCCGCGAGUGUCCGGGCGACACGCCACUCUCUACGGCCAGGGCAGUUACUUUGCCCGGAAGUCCAGCUACUCCCACAGGUACGCCCAGCGUUCCGAGGAAGGAGUCCAUUACAUGUUUCUGUCCAAGGUCCUGGUGGGCAGGCACACCGUGGGCAAGCCGCCCAUGCGGAGACCUCCGGCUGUCACCCCCAGUGACCCCAGCAGUGACCUCUUCAACUCCUGCGUGGACAGCACUUAUGACCCCCAGAUUUUUGUCCUGUUCGACAAUGACCAAUGCUUUCCCUACUUUGUGGUGAAGUACAAAGAGGUGGGGAACAGCAUCACCGUGAGAUGAUGGGUGGUCACCUCCAUCUCUUCCCUACAACAAUGCCAACGACAGACACCAAUAGUACCUCUCACACACCCUCCCCACCAUGUGGAAAGACAAGGGGCAGCAGAUACAUGGGAAUACUGCCGCACCCCCAACCCCGCCAGUUCCCCUCCGUAUCCUGACUUGGAAAUAUAUCCUUCAGUGUCGCUGGGUCAAAAUCCUGGAACUCCUUCCUUCAUGAUACUCCCUCUCCGACCGUACACGGACUGCAGCGGUUCAAGAAGGCAGCUGACCACCAUCUUCUCCAGGAUGUCAAAGAUGGAUGAUGAAUGUUGACACCCGCAUUUUGCGAAUAUUGAUUUUGAGUAAAAAAAUAACCAGGCCGGGACGGGGUUCUGUGACGGGGAUAAGCGUCCGUGACAAUAGGGAUGAACAAAAUGCUGAGGCAGCCCUCCCUCUGGGUUCUGAUCCCCUUUCGUUCAGUUUCCAUCCCCCCCCCUCUCCCCUCCCUGCCUCCCAGUUUGAUCGUUUGCUCUGAUUUUGUUGCUACUCCCCUAACCCCUGACCCUGACAACCCCGGAAUCCUGUUUUGGUUCUUUCCUCUUUUUAAAAUCUUGCUCCAACCACCGUGUGGUGUUUUGUUUGUUAGGGGCCUUUCUGCCUCUAGUUAUCCCAGUCUUUCAGUCUCUUUGGGAACGGGAAGGAAGUGUUCAAAGUUUGUGCGAAGAUUUGUAGCUCGGGUGCUCGUUGUUGUGGUUCUGUUCGCCGAGCUGGAAGUUUUUGUUGCAAACGUUUACAGCCUCUUAGGCCUUGCCCCAAAAUCCAGCGGGGCGUGAGGUUGUUCAGAUCACUUGGUCGGACACAGCGGAUCUAAUGUCCCAUCUGAGCAACACUGGGAUUAACAGCAAAGAAAUAGUUUGACUUUGUGGCCAUUCAGCACUGUGAUUGUUAACCAUCACAGGAGUUCCAAUAAACCGAUGGCAGUGAUCAGAUCGAUACAGGAAGGAGGGGUCCCCCGAGCUGGGAAGAGGGGCUGGGGGACAGUUUUGAACACGGGGACCCAGCCUCCCAAUCAGCAACUGAGCUGAGUUGGAAUAUCGUCAUUCAGAGGAUAGUAAAUCUUGGGAGUACUCUACUGCAAGCGCCUGUGGAGGGUCCAUCACUGAGUAUGUUCUGAAAGGAGAUUAACAGAUUUCCAGAUGUUAUGGCUAUCGAGGGGGAGUGCAGGAACUGGAGCUGAAAGACCUCAGCCAUGAUCAUGUUGAAUAGCAGAGCAAACCUGAUGGGUUCAAGGCUCUGUUCCCUCUUUCCCAUGAUCCUCUCUCGAGCAGGCUUAGUGGGCCGAAGGGCCUGUCCCCACACUGUGGGGAUUCUGUGGAACCCCCAGUGAUAGAGGGACCCGAGGGACGGACUGACCCCUUCCCUCUGAAACAUGCCACUGCCACUACAGGUUACUUACUGACAACGUUUGGCAGAAGAUUUGUAGCUUGGGUGCUCAUUGUUGUGUUAUCUGUUCACCGAGCUGGGAAUUUGUGUUGCAGAUGUUUCGUCCCCUGUCUAGGUCACAUCCUCAGUGCUUGGGAGCCUCCUGUGAAGCGCUUCUGUGAUCUUUCCUUAUUGAAUCAAUAAGCACAUCGACCUGGACCCAAUAUACCGGCCACUGCAGUGGACAGCUGGAACUGACAACCGGAAACGGCAGAUUCAAACCACUACAAAUGCCGGAGGAAAGAUCACAGAAGUGUUUCACAGGAGGGUCCCAAGCACUGAGGAUGUCACCCAGACAGGGGACGAAACGUCUGCAACACAAAUUCCCAGCUCGGCGAACACAACUACUUGCUGACAGUGUGGAAACAGGCCCUUCGGCCCAACAAGUCCACACCAACCCUCCAAAGCACAACCCACCCAGACCCAUUCCCCUACAUUUACCCCUUCACCUAACAUUAUGGGCAAUUUAGCAUGGCCAAUCCACCCUAACCUGCACAUCUUUGGACUGUGGGAGGAAAUCGGAGCACCUGGAGGAAACCCACGCAGACACGGGGAGAAUGUGCAAAAUCCACACAGUCAGUCGCCUGAGGUAGGAAUUGAACCUGGGUCUCUGGCGCUGUGAGGCAGCAGUGCUAACCACCGUGCCACUACGUUACAGCCGAAUCCUGUCCUACAUUGCCAGUGUCGUUUUGGUUGCGGGAGUGCUGUUUCUUACAUUGAAUGAGCAAGCGGGGUGAGAGUGCAGCGUUUCGGCCUGUUGGAGGCUGGCUCCACAUCAUGGCGCUGAGACACUAUAGUUUCCAUUGCCAGAGGUGCCAAAACUGGGGGGAGGGGGUUGGGCAGGUACCAUGCAGGGAGGUACAGGAGGGCAGUGUGUGUGCUUCUGGACUAGCACCCCAUCUCCUCCCACCCCUCCAAAACACGGCAAAGCCCUUUACCCCCUCCCACACCCUCAACUCCACCCCAACAAUACCUCCCUACCCUGGAUUUGGCAGCAGGAUCAUCUGCAGAGCGAGUUUCUGCACAGGGAGAUCCCAAGUGUGCCUGUACUGGACUUGUCCUCCUAUGAGACCUGUGGGCACCUUCCCCUUAGGUGGGAAACCAUCAGCCAUGGCAGGUUUCACAUUCCCAGGACGUGGACAGGAAUGGGACCUCGGAGCAUCUGGCUGGACGUUCCCCAUUUGGAGUCAAAGUCCCAGUGGGAAUGAGGGCCUUUCAGAGUAGGAGGUCCUAUUCUUGAGGUCGUUGGGGUUUUAAUUUGGCUACUCCAGUAAUCCAUCUCUCACAGCAAUAGUUGAGGGUUAUUGGAGGAGGCCUAUGCCAGCCCAUUGCUAAAGUGCUUUCUGAUCACUCCCAACGUCCCCACAACUCAUGCAAAUCUAGUCCUUAUAUCUCCGAUCUCCCCCCACAUUUUGAAAAUUCCUGUUGGAAUGUGCUUCAACUGUGUGAGGGGAAUGCCUCAAUGGCAAUCUUAAUGUGUGCAGUUCAUAAUCCAGCUCAGGAGAGGAAAUAGGGAGAGAGGCCAGCAAGUAGGAGAGACAGAAGGAGCGAGAGAGAGAGAGAUAGGUGCAGUCGUAAAGCAGCUAGCUAGAGAGAAUCACAGAGUCACCAAGAUACCGACAGAUAGGUACAAGGCACUAAGACAGUGAGAGACUGACACCGAUGGAGAUAGACUGGGGGCUGAUUAAAUCUGUCCUUGCAAAGCACAGGUGCCUCCUCAGAGCUGUACCGUCCCCAGUCUGCAGCGGAUGGCGAUGGAAAUCUCGAAAGCAAGAUGUGUGCAGCAGGUGGUUCCAACCAUUUUGCCAUGAUCUGAGUUUGCAGCAGCAGGGUUACAGCAAGUGACGGGAGUGAGGGGUUUUCGAUCUGUAAGUCUCUAUGCUUAGAACAUAGAACAUUCCAGCGUAGUACAGGCCCUUCGGCCCUUGAUGUAGCGCCAACCUGUGGAACCAAUCUGAAGCCCAUCUCACCUACACUGUUCCAUUCUCGUCCAUAUGUCUACCCAAUGACCAAUUAAAUGCUCUUAAAGUUGGCGAGUCUACAGCUGUUGCAGGCAGGCCAUUCCAUGCCCCUACUACGUCUGAUGGUUCAAAACAUCUGAGUAUUUUCAUCUGUAACUACUGGGCUGACAGCGUGGUUAGAGUCCAUGAGAUGGAGGCCUAUGGGCCAAUCAAGGUCAUUACAGCUGUCUGUAGAGCUAUCCAGUCAAUCCCACUUCCCACGAGAUCCGGAAAGUGUCCAUCUGAUUUCCAGAUGAAGUCCAUCACUGUCUCCUGGUGCUCCAGCCUCCGAGGCAGAUGUGAGGACGGCAGUGUUGGACAGUGAAGAUUCUUGAAGAGAGCAAAGCUGGUCUCCAAAAUCAGUCAGCGAGAUCGAGGCAAAGAAUCACUGAAGGCAGAAAGGCCUGGGGGCUAAGACUAUGGGAAGGGAACAUCAGACUUGAUUUGAUCAGAAUUACCAAUUGUGGGAUGUCCGCAAGAAAUGAAAUUUUAUUUAUUCCGGUGUCUUUGGAUUUCCUAUUGUUUUAUGAACAAUGUAAUUUUUUAAAAGGUAGUUAUGUAAAU